AUAAAGAAGAGAAAUCUCAGGUUAAGGUGAUUGCAGGGCUGAAGGCCCACAUUGAUCUACCCACCCCAAGGCACAAGAAAUCACUGGCGGGCUAUGGCAGGACAGGGUAGUUUGGAAGGAAGGAGUCGCUUGUAGUUAGACGGAGACAAAGGGUCAAGGUCCUCAGGCCUGAGAGGAGAAACCAGAGUUUGGAGAAAGUGGCUCCCCCGGCCAGCCGCCCGCUCCCAGCCACGGACCCAACGGCUUGGGAGAGUUCGCGACCCCGCCCCCACCAAACCCAGCCAAUGAGGAAGCCCUCCACGGGGCGUGGCGUUGCCAGGCGACCGAGUGGGCCCCCGGCCUUGCAGUUAGCCGCGGCUUUCGCUCCCACUCCGCGGGCGCUAAGCCUCAGGAUGGGUGUCUGCGGGCCCCUCCAUGGGCCCCCCUCAGACUUUGUCAGUGGAGUUUUAUUUUUUUAGUUCAUAUUUUAUUUUUGUUUCUAGAAGACAAAGAUAUCCCCUUCCCAAACGGGGAAAAACUCAUAAAAGUUUGUGACUGUCUAAAAAGUAAGUCCAGGCUUGCCUGAUUUCACCCUGCCGGGACUUCCUUAUUCUGUUGGUGGGGAGCCCAGAAGACUUGCUUUCCCAUUCCUCCCCAGCCAGAAACCUGUCUGGAGUCUGUGUCUUUAGCACCUGCGAGUCGGGGAGAAAUUGCUGGAGCCCCUGACACCAGUGACUGCUGAGGUAGAAGAUUCUGGAAGAAAACACACAGACACACACACACACACAUCUUCCCUGGGGGACACAGGGAAGCCUGAAGGAUUUCCAAGAUGACCAAGGUACCAGCCACCAAGAAGAUACAGAGUUCCCCUGCCUCGGGGGCCCUCUGGCCCUUUUAUGCCUCAGAUCGUCUAACACAGGUCCCAGACAAACCAAUGAGGAGCAUCAAGUAUAUGCAGAAGGAUAUAAUAAACCUCAAGAAAGACCUUACACGAAGCCGCAUCUUGAUUCAGUGGGUGAAGAUUGGCCGUGGUUACUUUACUAUUCUGAGGGAGGAGAGUGCAUUGAAAAAGAAGCAACAACAACUUCAGAAACUCAAAGAGGAAGGAAGAAAUAUAUUCCAACCAGCCAAAAAGAUGUCAGAUGUCCAGUAUGGGGAUAUUCUUUUGACCACAAACGGGGACAAGAAGAUGAAGAAGGUGGGGAUGGGAGUCCUCCUGCGUCCGUUCACCCCCGUGCACAGCUGCAUCAUUGCGCCCUCGCUGCCUGAGGCUCACGUCGAGCCCAUCUUCCGCCAGCUCUGUGCCCUCCACUGGCUCCUGGAGGCCCUGACUAUCGACCACACCCACCACACCAUGAAGCCCGUGAUCACCUGCUGGAAUCCGAAGGACCCAGGUGGAAGCAAGAGCACAAUAAAAAAAAUCAAUAAGGACAAGUCCAUGGGACAGAGGUGGGAGCGCUUCAUCACAGCCCCAAAGACCAAGAGAUUCAAGGUGCCUGUAGCACGCGUCACCAGCUACAAACCAAGCCGGCGAGGCUCCACCCUCAGUCUGUCUCGGACAAGUGGAGGGUCAUCCCCCCAGAGCAGCAUGGUCUCCGUGAACCCGGGCUCAGAUGAGCCCCAGAGUGUGAUCACCCAGGCGACAGGCAGCAAGGACGUUGAGGACAGUGAAUCGUCUUCGGCCAAGCCUGAAGAAGAACCUCUCCAUGUCAAUCUGCAGAAGCUCCUGGAGAUGGUUCGGGAAGAUGCUCAGAGAACAGUCACAAUGGCAGAUGGGAUGCAAAAACAAGCGGCCAGUAUCUUCUCAAUGCUCAGACAAAACAAGAGUGAUUCUGCCUAUAAAGACAUGCAGACCACCCGCAAAUCAAGUGACAGAUCCAGCAGUACAAGUGGAGACAGCCACUCCCAGGUGCCCCAGAAGAAGUCUAAAAGCCGCAGCAACCGUGACAUCAUCCACUGCAAGAGUGGGGUGUGUAACGCCCUGAGGGCCAAGUUUAACAAUGUGGCCCAGGAGGCUGGCCUCUGUCUACAGGACAAGAUGGAAAUCCUCAUGAAGCGCCAAGAAGAAAGAGGUCUCCAGAAGUUCCGUUCUUUUGACCUUGUCUCAAAUUUCCAAAAGGAUGUAGCAAAAAUGAGACACCACAUCUCCAUGGCAAAAGGAGAUGCAGAAGAAAUUGCACAGCACUGGUACUUUGACCUGCUGUCCAAACUCCCUGAGGAUCUGAAGAAUUUCCGCCCUGCCAAAAAGAUCCUGGCGAAACUGCAGAAGUUUGGGGAAAAUCUGGACCUGAGGAUCCGGCCGCAUGUUCUCUUGAAGGUGCUGCAGGACAUGAGGGUCUGGGAGCUGUGCUCUCCGGACAUCGCGGUGGCUGUCGAGUUUGUGCGAGAACACAUCAUCCACAUGCCUCACGAGGAUUAUAUCAGCUGGCUGCAGGACCGAAUCAACGUCCCCAUCCGGCCCCACAGUGCCCAGACGUAGUGGGCCUGGGUUGACCAGCGAUCCCAGUGGAGGAGGGCUGUCUGCACUGUGUUCCUGUUUCCUACCUACUCUCAUGGAUACUCGUUAUGACCUAGUAGGGGCAUCUGGAGACCAGAUGACCCUGCCAGCGUUCUAGAGGGAGCUCCUCCCAGGUGGGAGCUCCCUCCUGCCUCGCACCCCAGCCUCAGUCUCCCAGCCUCCGUUCCUCACUGGUCUAGACUGACUCUACCUGCUCCCUCUCCAGAAUCCUUCACCCUAUUUCUCCUCCUCAAAUGCUAGAUAAUAAAAUUGAGUCGAAUGUUUGAUGUUCAGCUGGGAAAAAGUUGGAGCUGUGGAAUUUGGGCGUGGUGUUCAGACCCUGAUAAUAACAUACAGUUAUCAUUUAUGGAGUUUUUGUUAUACAACAGGCCCAGCGCUGGGUGAUAUUACUGCCUAAUAAUAUCAUUUAAAUCUCACAAUUACUUGGUUAA